AUGAGCAUGAGCGGUCCGGUGAUGUGCAUCCAAUGCGCACCUCAUCAUCGUGGUGUAACUAUGUGGCACAGCAGCUACUUUGUGUCCUGUUCCGAUCUCAGCGUCGCACGGCGCGUCGCUUCGCUCGAUCUCGGGGCCUCGAAUGGUAUGUAUGGUCCAUACAUGCACAUAUUCAGAUCUGGACGACCAGGUGACAACCUUGUUAUGUUGUUCGCUGGCACAGUCAGCCUGACCUGA